AUGCCGAAAUAUUUUUGCGAGUAUUGCGAUAUCUUCCUGGCACAUAGCAGCUUCUUUGGAAGGAAGCAGCACUCUACCGGUCGGAAGCAUAUACAAAAUAAAAUUGAUUACUACACCGAACAGAUGAAGGAAAAGGGUGUAGGUGUGCCCAAUUAUGACGAUCAGCCAGAAGCUAAAGCUCUGGGUCCUGUAAACUACCCCUCAUCCGUGCCUCCUCUCCCCGGCGCCCACCCCUACGCGCCCCCCUUCGCUGGUAAGGGCUUCGGCAAGGGCAAGGGCAUGCCCUUCUUUGGAAAGGGUUUCGGUUUCCCCAUGAUGGGAAAAGGCCUGCCGAUGCCUCCUCCUCCUCCCGGGCCCUUCGGAAAUCGUCCCCUCGGGUGA